UGAGCAUGGUGUGUGGGAUUGAACAAUAAUUUUGACUUGAUUUAACAGAUGAUGAGCUGUCGUUGACCUUGUUUGACCUUGAUUUAAGAUAUUAAUUCCACAUUUGAUCACAAGAAACAUGGUUACACCAUCAGUAGAUGUCACUGUGUCUGAUGGUAUUAGAAUCCUGUGGGGAUUGAGAAAAAAAAUAAUAAAAGUUCAUUGAGGUAUGGUUACAUUGAAGGAAGAAUAGAAAAUGAUGAAAUCUGGUGAUGUAGUCAGCAAUAUUCAGAAUGGUAGAGAACUGAAGGUUUAACCGCUUUUGGAGAGCAUAUGACCAAAAUAUGGAAGGAAAAAGAAAAAAAUGAAGAAAAAAGGUGGUGAAGUUUGCUGAUUGGAAAUCAAAAUGGUGGAAAACCUGAAGAUUUCCUACCUUAGGAGUGAUAAUGACCUUGGUGAGAGAGGAAGAUGGAAUAAGGAGGAGGGAUAUCCAUUCCAGAAGUCUAUAUAGUUAUUAUAAAAAAGUUGUCCAUCAUGGCAAGCAGAUGUAACUCAGCAUCGGACAGUGAUCAUAUUGUUCAACAGGAAGAAACAACAAAUAUGGACGAUAACUGGGACAUUUCUAGUUUAAAGGAAGACGACUUUGAAGAAUUUUGUGUUUACAUUGUCCAUGACAGAGCUUGUGAACGAGUCUGUCCAAACAGAGCCCAGGCAUCACUUCCAAGGAAUCUCACACUUAAACCUUCACAGAAUAAUGGGACAAAUAGUUUAGGAGUCUGGAGUUUAGAUUAUAUUCCAAGAGGAACAAGAUUUGGACCUCUAGUCGGAGAAGUGUAUACCAAAGAACCUUACGUGAAUACAGAACCUGAACGCAUUUCAAUUUGGAAGGUUUUCAAAAACAAUACUGUCUACCAGUUUAUUGAUAAUUGCGAUACGACCAAAUCCAGUUGGAUGCACUAUGUUAAUUUCUCUUACAACUCAGCAGCGCAGCAGAAUCUAAUCGCCUGUCAGAUUGACUUUAAUAUUUAUUUCUACACAACAAAACCUAUUCCUCCAAACACAGAACUAAUGGUCUGGUACUGCAGAGAAUAUGCUGACCGCCUCAACUACCCCCUCACGGGCGAAGAGAUGCUACAAACAUGGCGGAGGCAGAUGUUAGAAAGACAAAUCCCAAUGCCUAAGCCAUUCUUACCAAUCUGUCCUAAUCGACCAAUAUUCAAAGAGGCACUGCCAGAACUGAAGCCAGAGAUUGAGAGGUCACCAAAGGAAAAAUGUAUGGUUGAAAAUGAUUACAGUCAUAGUGAUGGGUAUGCAAUUGAUUACAGCAUGCACAAACGUGAUGGCAGUCCUACAAGUGAUGAUAAUGAUCACCAUGAUAACAAAAACAAAUCUAGAUGUGGAACACCAGACAAGUAUGAUAGCGGCAAAGAAAAUGAACAGAUUUCACCCAUUCAGAACAGCCCAACCAGUAUUUUUCCUGGUCAGAACAGAACAAUGGCUCAUAGUACACCAAAAAAGAACUCCGGCAUAAUCGAAAAUUUACUGUUGAAGAAAAUGAAAGAAUCAGGUGAGGAAAUACCAGAAAAGAUGUUAAAUGGUGGCAACGUGUUUCCAUUCAACAAGUCUAGUCUAGACGUAAAACCUCAGAUCACACCAGCUCAUGAACAUAAGGUUAAGAUGGAACAGUUUCCAGAGAAGCAAACUCCCGAUCAAAUGCCACAGUUCAAUCCAUUCUUUCCAUAUCCUCCAAAGUUCAUGCCUCCGAGUCCAUUUAUGGACAAGUCACCGAUGCAACAGUUUAUGAGUCGAACAGAAGAGUUCAACAAAAUGAUGACACAAGGUAUGGGAAAAAUGCCCUCGUCUGGGCCGCCAUUAUACUUCCCGACUCCAACAAUGCCUGGAAUGUAUCCUAUGCCAGGAAUGUUUCCAUUCCCUCCUUAUCAUCCUGGACUAGCUUGGCAGAUGUAUCCACAAUUCCAUCCUGGUCAUCCAAUGGCCAAUCAGCAACAGAUGUCACCACCCUUCCAUCCAAUUGGACAGCAGCCUGAUCAGGUACUCAACCUAAGCAAGCCUAAGAUUGAUUCUAGAGGUCACAGGUCAUUGCCGUAUCCAUUACGUAAGAGAGAUGGGAAGAUGCAUUAUGAAUGCAACGUUUGUUCAAAGACUUUUGGACAGUUAUCCAACCUCAAAGUUCAUCUGCGCACACAUACUGGUGAACGUCCUUUUGUUUGCCAGACAUGUGGUAAAGGCUUCACACAACUUGCACAUUUACAGAAACAUCAUCUGGUACACACUGGGGAGAAACCACACGAAUGUCAGGUGUGUGGGAAACGUUUCAGUUCAACCAGCAACCUCAAAACACAUAUGCGUUUACAUAGUGGAGAAAAGCCAUUCCAUUGUAAAUUGUGCCCUGCUAAAUUCACUCAAUUUGUCCAUCUAAAGCUUCAUAAGAGACUGCACACAAAUGAGCGACCUUACGAAUGUCCUCAGUGUAAUCGUAAAUACAUUAGUGCUAGUGGACUAAAAACUCAUUGGAAAACAGGUAACUGUAUCCCGUCUGGGAUGAAUAUAGACUAUAAUGCUUUGUUAGAGAACACACAUCAGUCUAUACUUAGCCGUGACAGAUUAGAUAAUUUAGAUGACAGCACUUUGUCUCAGGAAGUUCGGGAACAAAUUGAACUCAGUAUCAUGAACAGUACAAACAAUCAAAAUGUUUUUGACAAUCCAAACAGCAACUCUUAUGACAAUGAGUCAAACUCAUUCGACAAUCAUAAUAAUUCAUACAGCCAUCAGACCUCAUAUGAUCCAGAGAGUUCAAAUCAUCUCCGUCUAAAUAGCUGUAAUACUAGUGAGAAUGGCAGUGAGGAUGAGGAAGAGAUAAAAGAUCACAUGACCAUGCCAAUGGAAUCCGACCAAGAUAGUAAUGACAAUUAUACUAAACCGAUCCAUUAUUUGAGUCCUUCACCGAGGAUGGUUUCUCCUCCAACAUCUCUGUCUCACAGUGUAGAAGCCAUUACUGCAUCAUAAACAGAAAAAUGACAAUUUGUUUUGGCUCCAGCUGACAAAGCUUCUUAUACCCAGUAAAUCAGUGUAGUGCAUUUAAACUUUUUAAAGUCAUACCUAUGUAGGGCGCAAAUUAUUGCAUUUAUAUAAAAGGUUGUAUUGUUCUGCUAAUUUUUCAAAGUCCCAAAAAUUGUUGCCAAAUGAAAGGACAUCUAGUCAUUGUAAUAUUAUUGCACAUGUAUAAACAGCAUUUGCACUUUUAGAUCAAAUGUUAUUAUUGCACAGUAAAUUAACUAAAUAUAAGCAUGCAUUUGCAUUUAGUUUGGAUAAAUAAAUAUCAAGCUAAUAUCUUGUCAACAUGUUUAUUUUUUUGUUGUUGAAAGAUAUAAAGUAAUAAUUUUGAAACUGAUUAUAAUUGUUUUGUAACUAGGGGCAAUGAAAUUAAGUAUUGAAAACAAAAUGUGAGAUCUAUUAGUUUCAGAUUUCAACGUUUUUGUUUUACAUGAACAUGAAUCAAUCAUGACAUAUUUUGUUUGGUAAAGUAUAUUUUUCUUGUUAUUUAUUUGUAAAUAUUUUUGAUUAUCUUUUUUAAAGAUUUGUUUUGUAUUUGCAAUCAAAGUGAGUGCCAUAUACGGUUUUGGGUGCCAUGAAAAAUUGUCUAAUUUUUGUAUGAUAUUUGAAAAAGAAAGAUAAGAUCAUUGAAUUUUUGUUUAAAUUUAGAACAAAGGAAUUCACAUUAAAUGAAACUGAUGCAUUUUUAAUUCCAGACUCUUCUUCUUCUGUGACUUAGGCAGCAUUUUUUAUGUAUAUAUGUGUUUUUUAUUUAUAAUUGGAGUGAACCAAUGCAUUUGGUCUUUUUGGGAGUAUGACUUCUGGUCUAUAGUUAUUCUAACCAAGGUUUUAGAGUGCCAUAUUUAACUCUUAGUGAUUUUGAUUUUUGUUUAUACUGUAAUACAAGCAUAAUAUCCAUUAUUCUAUUAAUAUAACAUUUGCAUGCUUCUGAAUUUUACUUCAAUAACAAGUCGAGGAAAAGUGUUGGAAAGGCACACCAGAAAAUCUUGCAUUAUAAUUUGACAAUCUAGGUUUUUCUAACAUUUAUAAAUCUACUUUAUGAUAAUUUACACAAACUAUUGUUUUAAAAUGUGAAAUGUGUGCAUAAUUGUCUGUAAAUGUAACAUAUGUGAAUAGAAUUUUUAAAGAAAAGUUGUGAGAAGCUCAUGUGUUAAAAACUUUAUCAGACGUUAAUUUUCAAUACUUGACAUAUUUUGAAGUCUUAUUGUAGUCUCAAUGAUUGCAACAUUUUCUACUAUGCUUCUGGUUAAAAGCUUUCACAUAGAAACUCUUAUGAUUUAAUAAGUAAAAAUUGUAUAAAUUUUUCUUCAAAAUGUAUGGAUGGAUUUUUUAUUUUUAGUUGGUUUUUUGCGGACUUGUUUAAGUAAAUGAUUUACAACACUAUAAGUCAUAUUUUUUUCCACCAUAGGGAAAUUUACUAAUCUGAAACAUUAAGUUAAAUAUUAAAAUACUUAAUAGUAAACUUGAUAUGGGAUUAUUCUCUCAUACGUUCUAAUGUGACAAUCAUAUUGUGAAUAAAAGUGUCCUCGUACAGCUAUAAAAUGAGAUUGCUUUCUUAUCGGACUGAAUAUCAUCAUACAAUAUAUUAUACCUGUACAGGAAAGAAAAAAGACGAAAGUCGUUACAGCUUUGUGCAAUUAUGUGGGGGAUAAAAACUGUCUUAAAUUUCAAUUCUUAAAAGUGUUUUAAUGCAUUUUACCUCAAUUUUGUAAAUUAAUAUCAGUUACGUUAAUUGAUAAUUUCAAUUGUAUCUAUCGAGAGCUUGUUAUUAACAGGUGUUUUGGAUGAUUAGUACAAGUUUAAUGUUUUUACACAGUGACGUUUCAUGUCUCUGGUGCGAUUAUUCAUUUCACUUUGUGUUAUUCCCCAAUGAAAGGUUACAUGAUGCUGGUAUUAUAGUCCAAUGAAUGAGGAUAGGAAAUUGGCGAGUUUUCCAUUCUCUCCCAUCUCUCGACCUCCAUUAACUAGACAAAUAAUAUUCUGUAUGCAUCACUUAGUGCCACUUGUUAACUAAGUAAGAAUCAAAAGGCUGUUUCAUAGAAAUCAACCAUUAUAACAAAACUUGUCAAACAUUUGAUUAUUUUCCGAGAUAUGAUCAUGUUGAAAAAUAUUUAUACAAUUAAGCUGUUUAUAGUCUUCUAUUGUGAAAGUUUACUUUUUACUGUAAAGCGAACAUAUUUCAAUUUCUGUUCUAAAGGAUGUCAAUAUUUGUCAAGUUUUGAUUUUAUUUAUGUCUGUGUUUCCGGUAGUAAUAUCCGAGACCGGUAAUAGGAGUUUUAUUGAGACCUAUGGUCUUAGAGAAAGGAUGGUUUAAUUGAUAUGUCAUACUGGUGUAUUGCUUUAAUUCUAUAUUGUUAAAUGUCAUAAUUAAAAGGUUUGCAAAGAACAAACAUGGCUUCCGUAAGGAAUUGAAAUAAAGACGUUUGAGAGACAUUUAAAAUGUUUGUUUUUGUGAAGCGGUUUGUUUUCAGUAACACGCUUUUAUUAAACAGAUAGCAAAAAUAAAAUCAUUCAAUUUGAAAACACGAUUUAUGUUUGAUUUUUUCAGCUGCAAUAGUAAAUGCAUUAGUGUAUUCUCAAACUCAUUUAGAACAAUUCAAUUCACUUUAGAUUUGAAAACUGUAAAAUAUAGCAACAUUGAAAGUGGUUUGAUUUGAAAUAGUUUUUAAUUUGAAAUUAAUCAGUACAUUUAUCAUCAACUAUUCCAGAACAUUAACUGGUGCAAGAUAUAAUUGAUAUGAUUGCAGAAAUAUUAAAAUAGAAAUAAACCACAAUAAAAAAAAUGAGUUUGGAUCAAGACGAUAUUAGUUAUAUUGCAUUUUUCUAAAUCAGAUUUUUACAAGUAAUUUCUAAACUCAUACUAGCUUCCAUCAGAUCAUUGGUAGAUUAAAACCACUGGUACCAUUUGGUUUUAGACAUUGAGGGAACCAGUCAUAUUAUGUACUGUAUAUUGCAUUUGUUAUGUGUGCACACAAUCAGAGGACCAUGACAUGUUAACUAUAUAACCUUGUGUUUAAAGGUUGUUUUUUUUUGUUACAAAAAUCAAAAAUAAAAGAGUAUUAUGUCUGAAAA